AUGAGAAGCCACAAGGUCAGUGUGGACAGCCAUAGCCUUCUGAUAGCGCAGCAGACCAGAGAUCAAGGCGCGCCAGGGGCGCUCGAACCCACUGUCGCCAAGUCGCUUAUCGCCACUGAGCUUCGCCAGAAGUGGGCCUCCAGCAGGUAUACCAGAGGACCGAGCGCCGCAGGGGCCGCUUGGGCGGCUUGGGCACCCGAAUCCGAAGGCUAG